AUGCCGAUCACGCGUUCCUUUAAGAAUGUAGUUUAUAAUUAUACUGAUGUCCAAAGGAAGGUACGAGAAGCUACCUCGAAUGAUCCAUGGGGCCCAAGUUCCACCAUCAUGACCGAAAUUGCCGACGCAACUUACAACAUGUCUGCUUUUCAAGAAAUUAUGGAUAUUGUUUGGAAACGUUUAAAUGAUCAUGGUAAGAACUGGAGACACGUUUAUAAAGCACUGACUUUGUUGGAAUACAUCAUCAAGACUGGAUCGGACAGAGUAACGCAAAAUUGUCGCGAGAAUAUCUUUGCUAUCCAGACGCUGAAGGAUUUUCAAUUUAUUGAUAAAGACAACAAGGAUCAGGGACUAAAUGUUCGAGAAAAAGCCAAGCAUUUGGUUGCUCUAUUAAAGGACGACGAACGAUUGAAAGAAGAACGAGAAAAGGCUCUCAAAGCUAAAGAAAGAUUUAUCAGGGCUAUCCCAACCGUUGUUAGCGCUAAUACCACCAAUGCUGUACCGAGUAGUGUUGGCAUAACGACGGUUGAUUCUGUGAUAUCUGAUGCGCCAUCAACAGCUGCUGAAGAGGAAAUGCAAUUAAAUUUAGCCCUUGCAAUGAGUAGACAAGCUGCUCAAGAUCACGAGAAACGGCAACUACACGAAGAUCAACAGCUCAAGAAAGCCAUCAAUGAAAGUAUUCUUGUUAAUCAGCAAAAUCAAACGAUUUCAAAUAGAGGUACUCCUCCUUCUGUAAAUAUGCAAUCCAAUGCUUUGGUAGAUCCUUGGGGAUCAGCAGCUAGUUCAAUUCAAUCCACUGGCAACAUAACGCAACCGCAAACUUCUGCCCAAGUUACCACCAAUGAUCCUUGGUCAGCGCCUCCUGCAACUGCUCCUUCUUUAAAUAAUAAUCAACCAGUAGCAGCAGCCAAUGAUCCAUGGGCCACUCAAAAUGAAACGUCGGCUCCCUCUCAAAGUGACCCUUGGCAAUCGAAACCAUCUGCUCACAAGGAUGAAUUAGAUGAUUUUGCAUCAUUACGAUUAACUAAUCCAAACGCAUCAGAAGGUGCUGAUAAUACCAAUAACGCUUCCAUAUUGACACCGAUGAAUAUCAAUCAGGUUGCUCAUGGAGAUACAUCGAAUUCAUCAUCAAAAUUAAAAGACGCUAAGAGUUUCUUAGGCGAAAACUCGUCUUUAGUCAAUUUAGAAACAUUGGUCGUAAAUGCUCCUGUUGCUGAUGGAAUGUCGACCAACCCUUUUCAAAAUUCAAGCAAUCAACGACCCCAAAAUCCUUUCUGUCAGCCGCAACAGCGGCCAUCUAUGAAUCAGUUGCGUAAUACUGCAGCCACUGGAAUGUCACCUAUGGCUUCAGGUAUUGCUCCUGUUGGUAGUACACCUUAUGACCAGCCUAUGCAACCAUUCCCAGCACAAAACUUUACAAAUCCAUUUUAA